AUGCGAUGCGAGAGGGAGGAAAUGACUGCCUCCGUUCCUUACAGAACGUCAAUAAAAGCCCAAAUAGAAUACCUUCCAGGCCUUGAUCUGGGCUUUCUGAAAAAUCCCGUAGUCGAAUCCCGUGUCCCAGCUUGUUCAACCGUGUGUGGGGAUUGUGGAUUUACUGGAGUAGAUUGGUACAAGACUCUUUUGCAUCGCUUACUGAUUUCAGGAAAAAGGAAUUCUCUUAUACAGAGAGGAGAUCUUCGAAAGUUGGAUGCAAGCAAGCAACCAGAUGACGAAUUCUUAGCCCAGGUUUCUAUGGUUUCGAGGCUAAAGCAUGAAAAUUUUGUUGAAUUACUUGGUUAUUGUGUUGAUGGAAAUCAGCGCGUUCUUGCAUACGAAUUUGCAUCUAAUGGUUCUCUUCAUGAUAUUCUUCACGGAAGGAAAGGUGUUAAAGGAGCACAACCUGGUCCUGUUCUUUCAUGGGCACAGCGUGUAAAGAUUGCAGUAGGUGCUGCUAAGGGACUUGAAUAUUUGCAUGAAAAAGCAGAUCCUCACAUCAUCCACCGUGAUGUUAAGUCCAGCAAUGUCUUAAUCUUUGAUGAUGAUGCUGCUAAAAUUGCUGACUUUGAUUUGUCAAAUCAAGCUCCUGAUAUGGCUGCACGUCUUCACUCAACUCGUGUUCUUGGAACAUUUGGUUAUCAUGCUCCUGAAUAUGCAAUGACUGGACAGCUGAACUCAAAGAGUGAUGUCUACAGCUUUGGUGUCGUCCUUCUAGAGCUUCUUACAGGACGUAAGCCCGUUGAUCAUACAUUACCUCGUGGGCAGCAAAGCCUAGUUACAUGGGCUACGCCAAAGCUGAGUGAAGACAAGGUCAGGCAAUGUGUUGAUGGACGACUGGGAAGAGAAUACCCUCCUAAAGCAGUUGCUAAGAUGGCUGCUGUUGCUGCCUUGUGCGUACAAUAUGAAGCUGAUUUCCGGCCAAACAUGAGCAUUGUAGUCAAAGCCCUCCAGCCACUUUUAAAUGCUCGGCCAGGACCGGCUGGUGAAACUGGCCAGACAUGA